AAAAAGGCACAAUUCUCAGUUUAAGAAUUUUCUGAUCGUUGUAGCCGGAGGGAAAAGGCCAUGCAUGAGAACAGUAUGGCAUAAAUAAAUGGUUUAAGAUUUCAAUUCAAUUGUCAUUGCAUUCAAUUUCUUUUAUAUUUGUUUUAUAAGAAAAGAUGACAAAUCAUUUGGGUUCUGGUGCAGUUUUCCACAAUUAUUAAGUUUAGAAUUUAGGUCAUAUAUUCUGAUUUGUGUUUUUCCAGUCCAAGCUGCUCUCCCUCUCUAAAGUAAAUGUGAAGAAAACUAGCUACUUCUUUUUUUUUAAUCAAGAAACUGGAUUUUCAUUAACCAGCAACAGAAUUACAUGAAGCAAUAUCAGAAUCCAGAAGGAUCGGCAGAAAACUACUAGCUACUUCUUGAGACCAGGAAGUGGCCUUCUAUUUUUUUCCUUAUUCAUAAGAAAUAAGAAUCAAUUAUUAUGCAUGGUUUAUUUUUCGCUUAUACUUCCUUCUUUACAAAAUUGCCAAAGUUUGCUCCUUUUACCAACAAAUGCUGGUUUUCACCUUCUUUAACAGAUAUCCCCAUAAGAAAAGAAUCACUUGCCACUAGACAGCAUACCAUACUUCAUCACUUAAAGAACUGCUCCAAUCUAAAAGGGCUAGAGUCUAUAUAUGCUGCCAUGAUCAAAACCAAUACAAACCAAGAUUGUUUCUUGGUGAACCAAUUUGUCACCGCUUGUUCCACUUUUCACCGCAUAGAUUAUGCAAUUUUAGCUCAUGCCCAUAUGGAAAGCCCCAAUCUUUUUGUUUAUAAUGCAAUGAUUAGAGGAUUUGUUAAAUGCCACCACCCAUUUCAAGCACUUGUUUUAUAUACAAACAUGUUGAGGUCCAAGAUCUUGCCUUCAAGUUACACGUUUUCAUCAUUAAUUAAAGCCUGUGGUUUAGCAUCUGAAGUGAAGUUUGGAGAAGUUGUUCAUGGUCAUGUUUGGAGACAUGGGCUUGAGUCACAUGUGUUUGUUCAAACUGCUUUAGUUGAUUUUUAUUCAACUGUAGGUAGAAUAAUUGAAUCCAAAAAGGUGUUUGAUGAAAUGCCUGAAAGAGAUAUUUUUGCUUGGGCUACUAUGGUUACCAGUCUUGCCCGGAUUGGGGAUAUGAGUUCUGCAAGGAGAUUGUUUGAUAUGAUGCCCGAAAAGAAUACGGCUGCCUGGAAUACUUUGAUUUAUGGGUAUUCAAAGUUGAGAGACCUUGAGUCUGCAGAGUUUCUCUUUAGUCAGAUGCAUGAGAGAGAUAUUAUUUCAUGGACAACAAUGGUCAAUUGUUAUGCUCAGAAUAAGAAAUUUGGAGAAGCAUUAGUAGUUUUUAAUCAGAUGAUAAAAACUGGGAUUUGCCCUGAUGAAGUGACAAUGGCUACUGUGAUAUCAGCCUGCGCCCAUCUUGGAGCACUUGACUUAGGCAAGGAAAUACAUCUUUAUGUAAUGCAGAAUGGAUUUGACCUUGAUGUCUACAUAGGGUCUUCAUUGAUUGAUAUGUAUGCCAAGUGUGGAAGCUUAGACAGGUCCCUGUUGGUGUUCUUCAAAUUGCAAGAGAAGAACCUUUUCUGUUGGAAUUCAGUGAUUGAAGGGCUAGCAGCUCAUGGAUAUGCAAAAGAAGCAUUGGAAAUGUUCAGGAAAAUGGGAAGGGAGAAAAUCAAGCCUAAUGGAGUUACAUUUAUUAGUGUUUUGAACGCAUGCGCUCAUGCGGGGCUUGUUGAAGAAGGCCGUAAGAGAUUUGAGAGUAUGAUGCAUGACUUUUCCAUUCCUCCUGCCAUUGAGCAUUUUGGAUGUAUGGUUGAUCUAUUGAGCAAAGCUGGCUUGCUUGAAGAAGCAUUAGAAUUGAUAAGAAGUAUGAAACUUUCACCAAAUGCUGUUAUUUGGGGUGCUUUAUUGGGUGGAUGUAAACUUCACAGGAAUUUAGAGAUUGCUCGAAUUGCUAUUGAUGAAUUGAUGGUUUUGGAGCCAGACAAUACUGGACAUUACACACUGUUGGUUAACAUGUAUGCUGAAGUUAACAAGUGGGAUGAGGUCACAAAAAUGAGGAAGACCAUGAAGGAGCUAGGGGUAGAAAAGAAAUGGCCUGGGUCCAGUUGGAUAGAGAUGGAAAGGAAAGUUCAUCAAUUUGCAGCAUCUGAUAAAUCUCAUCCAGCUUCUAAUGACAUUUACUCAUUGCUUAAUGAAUUGGAUGGACAGCUGAAGCUAGCUGGCCAUGUCACUCGACUCUGGUCUAUCUCAUAGCAGUUUGUGCUUUAUUGUGAGAUGUUAUGAGUAAAUACCAUCCAACGGUUGUCACGUUGCAUGGGACCUUGGAAUUAUGGUUUAUAGUAGCUCUUAGGAAGAAGGCUCCAGAACGAGGCAUCGCAAAGCCUAAUCAGUAAGAGGCAGUUGAGCAAGUGGUUAGUUAAAAUCUCAUAUGGACAUGGUAAUCCUGAUAGCCAUACGGAAAUGUAGAGAAAACAGGUUGGCCAGAAAGCAGAAUGCUACAUGGAAGGAGGUGAAGAUGCAGGCACAUUAUAAUUUUUGACCGGUUCAGUAAAAUCCACCUAGAACCGGUAGGCAAUGUAAGUUACAGUGGCAUUCAUGUGAAAUAUGAGAAGUCUGUAAAUGCGAGAGCCCUUUGCCAGGCUAAAUAUAUUACCUGUUCAGCUGGUUAAUCGGUUAAGCACCAAUUUGUUCUUUAAGAAGACGCAAUGGAAUUGCUCAGGUUCAAUAAGGGUAUCAGGUGCAUUGUCUUCUAAAGGAUUUGCGUCAACUUGUCCCAAGUAGCUAUAGUGAACAAUUGGAUUGGUGCUCAGAUCCAGGUAAGAGCAACACAGUAAAGGGCUAGACAUGAUGAAAACUGCAGGUCUAGGCCAUGGGACAGAUGACUGAUUCUAGAUUUGUAUUAACUAUAAAGAAUAUGGAGAGCUUGUGCCCAAUGAUGUAUGCACAAUUCACAUUUGUAUAAAUCCGAGGAAAUAUACUAAAGAUUUCAGAAAAGCACUGCACAGUGCGGUAUUGAUUUCUUGAUAGACUGCACUAUCUAACACACUCUUCUAAGAAAGUAUAUCCGCUUCCUCUAUAACGGACUUGUUUCUGUAAA